AUGCACGAUCCCGAGAAAGAGUCCGGGGUCAGAAAUGACAACCCAAACUCAACGGAGCGGCUGAAGCAAGCUGUCGCUGCCCUGAAAAGCUCAAUCAGCAUCGUGCUGACCGAUGUCAACGAGCUGCAGGGAGAUGCCGGUCAUUCACAUGGAGGCACAAGCGCGCCCUCCGGGCAGCCCCGCAUCCGACAUUCCGUGACAGUCAGCGCCAGCUCCGAGCAAGAUCCGUCGGCAGCCAAUGGGAACGGUGGUUCCCCCAGCAAAGUGCCGAAGAUCCCAAAGCCGGGACCUUCAGCGAACUCACUGGGCAGGACGAGCGUAUACUCCGAAGCCGUAAGUGCCGAAGAUAGCAACAUUGCGGCUCACCCAAGUGCGAUCGCUCACAGAAAGCCGCCGUGCAGCCAUCGGAUAGUAAUAUAUCCUGCUUGGACAAGCAAGCUGGCGUGGGACCUGGCAGUGAUGCUUGUCGUGCUUGUAGAUGCAUUUGUGCUCCCAUACCAGCUGUCCUUCAAGCGGGAUCUUGAGCCGGAUGCCUUUGAUGAGUUUUGGUUCUGGAUCACCAGCUCAUUUUUUACACUGGACAUCAUCGCCACCUUUGACACAGCCCUCGGAGGUGAUGAAGACGAUCUCAUAGUAGACCAUCGAACCAUUGCGCGGGCUUACCUGCGUGGCUGGUUCUUUUUUGACUGGGUCUCAACCAUGCCUUGGAGUCGCAUGGUUGAUGCAAUG